AUUUCGCACAGAUUUAAGUCUUGUUUCGCCAAAACCUUGAGUGACUAUCUGGCUACAAACAGAAUGGAUGGUGAGAACUGUGGACGUUGCUCUCUAUGUUCUACUAUCGCCAUGAGUUAGCCAGUGUGAAGAAGGAACUAGCAGAAGUUGAAGGCCAGCUGCAGAUUCUCUUGGACAGACAACAUCAGCUGGCAGAGAAGAGGAGGGACCUUGAGGCCAUCUUGAAACAACAGUCAGAGCAGACAAACCAGGUGGACGACAAAAAAUGGGAGACCAAAGAUUUUGCUUGGUCAAAGGAGUUGGAGGAGAAGAUGACCUCAGUGUUCGGGAUCCGGGCACUGCGUCCGAUGCAGCUACAGACGAUGAACGUCACCAUGUCGGGGAAGGACUGUAUGCUCAUUAUGCCGACUGGUGGGGGCAAGAGUCUAUGUUUUCAGCUCCCAGCUGUUGCGUCAAAAGGUAUAACCCUGGUUGUCUCCCCUUUGGUAUCUUUAAUGGAGGACCAAAUGAUGGCUCUAGAACAGCUAGGUGUUGAGGCAGCCAUGUUGAAUGCUGCCGCCACCAAAGAACACGUGAAAUACGUUCAGGAUGCCAUGAUCGACAAGAAGGCGCCCUUGAAAAUGGUGUAUGUGACCCCAGAGAAACUGGCGAAGAGUAAACGCUUCAUGAACCGACUGGAGAAGAUGUACCAGCUUGGGCGGUUUGCGAGGCUUGUCAUUGAUGAGGUCCACUGUUGUUCUCAGUGGGGUCAUGACUUCAGACCUGACUACAAAUUCCUUGGCAUCAUGAAGCGGCAGUUUCCCGAGGUGCCGAUCCUGGGAUUGACAGCAACCGCAACAACAAAGGUGCUGCAGGACGUCAAGAAGAUUCUUGCUAUCCCCAACUGUCAUCUCUUCAGGGCAUCCUUCAACAGACCCAAUCUCUACUAUGAGGUUCGACCCAAGCCGUCAGCACAGAAAGACUCAAUGGAUGAAAUACAGGAGCUUAUCAAAUCGAGGUUCAGGGGACAGUCAGGAAUCGUGUACUGUUUCUCCAGGAAGGAUGCUGAGGAGGUUACCAUGGAGCUGCAGAAAAGGGGUAUUAAGGCAGGGUGUUACCAUGGUGACCUGUCCUCCAAAGAGAGGAGCCGUGUGCACAAGCUGUGGACAGCCAGUCAGAUUCAUGUUGUGGUAGCAACAGUAGCAUUUGGCAUGGGCAUCGACAAACCUGACGUGAGGUUCGUCAUCCAUCACUCGUUAAGCAAGUCAAUGGAGAACCUCUACCAGGAGAGUGGGCGAGCAGGAAGAGACGACAAGCUGUCACACUGUAUUGUGUUCUUUCGCUUUGCUGAUGUGUUCAGACAGAGUACCAUGGUGUUCACAGAACAGACAGGACUCGACAACCUGUAUGGUAUUUUGGGAUACUGUAUCGACACCAGCAGAUGUCGACGGUCGAUGAUCGCCAGGCACUUUGGUGAGGUAUGGGAAGCGUCACAGUGUAACAGUAAAUGUGACCACUGUGACCCAACAAGAUCAGCGACAUCCAACAAACGUGACGUAACACGUCAUGGGCAGAACAUCCUGAAGAUCCUAGACCAGGCAGCAUGUACAGACCAAAGGGUCACAGCUAUCAAACUCAUUGAUGCCUUAUAUGGCAAGGGUCAGGGGUCGCUGAAGGUGAAAGGCCUUGACACCAUGUCCAUAUCCCGUGAGAAGGCGGAGAGGAUCGUGGCCUAUAUGCUGCUGCAUGCUUACCUGAAGGAAGAUUUUCACUUCACACCCUACUCCACCAUCAGCUACCUCCUUCCAGGUGCCAAGGCAGGUCAACUGCGAAGUGGAAUCUCAAAUAUUGCAAUGGAAUUCGAGUCAAAAGUUGUAAGAAACAACUCCAGCAGUUCUCAAGGAAAGGGGGAUAACUCUGCUACACCAUCAUCAUCAGAGGAACCAUCACCAGCAAAUAAGAAAGGACAAGCCAAACCAAAACUGGUUAUUGUGAAAAGUUUGGGACAUGUUGAUUCAGGUGGCGAUAAGCAAACAGUCAAGAAACAUAACUCUUUGACCAAAAAACGUAAACCAGUGAUUAUUGACAGUGAUGAAGACAGUCUUGAUUGUCUUGCUUUUGAUGAUGAUAUAGUUGUUCCAGCAAAGAAGAAAGUUUCUAGAUGUGAAACAUUUGGGUCAUCAGUGGCAAAUGGGGUCAGUUCACAGUCUCAGAAAGCCAUCUUGGUGGAUGACAGCAGUGAUUCUGAUUUCCAGUCAUGACCAUGUAUUGGAGAGUAUUUGAAACAGUGAUCAUGUGUUAGAGAGUAUUUGAGAACAAUGACUCUAUGUUGGAGAGUAAUUCCCAUCCUGGACAUGAGGUGGAGAGUAUUUGACAACAAUGACAAUGUGUUUGAGAAUAUUUGACAACAAUAACAAUGUGUUGGAGAGUAUUUGACAACAGUGACAAUGUGUUGGAGAAUAUUUGACAACAAUAACAAUGUGUUGGAGAGUAUUUGACAACAAUGACAAUGUGUUGGAGAGUAUUUGACAACAAUGACAAUGUGUUGAGAAUAUUUCUUGGUGGGUCGUGGAGAAUUUCCAAUCAAGAUCAUUUAUGUGAGAGUAUUGGUAAACAGGGACCAUUUGUAGGAAAGCUUUAGCCAUUGUAACCAUGUGUGGACCAUAUGUGAAAUAUCUAUUUGCACAUGACAACCAUGUGUUGGAGACUAUUUGAACCUGAUGACUACAUGUUGGAAGCCUUCCUAUAUUUUGAGACUUUUUCCCCGGCAUGACCACAUGGUAUUUCAGAAAAUAUUUUGCUCAUUUGAACAUCUGUCUGAUACAUCAUUUCUUGUAGAUAUUACAUCUGAUUCUUUGGAUAAAAGAAAUCUUGAUCGU